AGUAUUUCACUAAUCAGUAUCAUUUCAUCUAGCAUCUGAAACAGUUGAUUGCGAAGCAUGGCUGCAAGUUGUGCAAGGACAACAGCCCUAGGGUGUGUUGCGUUGACAGCAUUGCUCAUCGUAGCACCUUGGACAGUUUGGGCAGCAUCAUGCGAAACGGAAAAUUACGAGCCCGGUGUUUGCGUUUCUUUAGCCAAGUGUGAAACAUUUUCGACGGCCUUCGCAGCCGGAAGUUUGAGUUCUGGCCAACGGGCUUUGUUGCAAAAAGAGCAAGAAAAGUGUCCUUCGGAAUCAGGUUUGGUAUGCUGUAAGCGAAAGCUGCGUGCGGAGAUUCCGCGUACCUUCGUUGACAGAAAACCGAUGACCAGAGGCAUGAGCGAUUUGCUACCGGAUCAAACGGUUUGUGGUUUGGACAGUAGCGAUCGAAUAUUCUACGGAAAUUUAACCAAACUGGACCAAUUUCCGUGGGUCGCGAUCAUCAAGUACAUCAAUGCUGAUGAAGUCGAAUCCUUUGAAUGUGGAGGAUCAUUGAUCAACAAGCGCUACAUUCUGACGGCUGCUCACUGUAUCAACAAUCGCACAGCUGGCGUUCGUUUGGGUGAAUGGGACUUAGAAUCAGAUCCCGAUUGCGAUAAGGCCAGCAAGCAAUGUGCCGAUCCACCGAUUGAUGUUGAUAUUGAAAAAAUCUUGAUCCACAAGAACUACACAAGGCGCGUCUCCAAGGGUGGUAAAAUUGACAUGGCGUUGAUUCGUUUGAACCGCGAUGUUUCUUUUGGAAAAUACGUGGCUCCCAUCUGUCUACCGAAAACGGCCGAAGAAGCUGAAUUAACCGAGAAUGAAACGCUUUAUGUGGCCGGUUGGGGUUUAACUGAGAACUAUACCCGUAGUACUAAGAAGCUGUUUGUAGACGUUAAUAAGGUUAGCCAGGAGGAGUGUAUUCAAAAGAUCAAAGCACCGUUGGUCAAGAUAGAUCAUACCAUAAUCUGUGCCCUGGGAGUUGGAGGAAAGGAUUCCUGCCAAGGAGAUUCCGGGGGACCGCUUAUGGAAAUCCGUCAAGGGUCGUCAAGUUACUUGCGAUACUUUCUCAAGGGAGUGGUAGCCAAGGGUCUUGCCUGCGGAACGUCGAAGCCAGGUUUCUACACCAACGUUCAUGAGCAGAUUGAUUGGAUAGUGUCAAAUAUGGAACCAUAGUUCGAUAUUGAAAAUAAAUAAACUGGUUUAUUUUGAAUA